AUGGCGGUUACAGUAACCGUGAAUGCGGCUGCCAGUCAUGAGAUUCCUUCUACAUUGUGUACCGCUGCCUCCCUUACUGGUUGGCAGGCAUUGAAUGGUGCAACCAUACGUGUUAUACGGGAGAGCACCCCUGUGUCGUCGCGCCUUCCCAAUGCGCUACAAGUCGUUUUCCCUCGCGGGAGGCCUGGCGCCGCCGGCUUCGCGAAUACGGGAUAUGCAGGCAUUAAAAUUACUUCCGGAACAACCUACAAAGCAUCCUUUUACUACCGCUUCCCCAACCGCUCCAACUUCAAUGGAAACCUGACGGUCCGGCUUCAAACCGCCAACGGGCAGGUCCUGGCAACAGCCAAUGUUCCUGUGUCCGGUUCUCAAACGACAUGGAACCAAGUUACCUUCGAUCUAGUCGCAACUGCCACACCCUCAUCCACAUCUAACUUGUUCUCUAUAACCGCAGAUGGCGCACAGGCUGCAGGCCAAACCAUCCAUUUCACGAUGCUUUCGCUCUUCCCGCCUACUUUCAAAAAUCGGGCUAAUGGAAUGAGAGUAGACCUUGCAGAAGCACUUGUGGAGUUGGCACCUUCGUUCUUCCGUUUCCCGGGUGGAAACAAUCUGGAGGGGCAGACAGUUGAGCGACGCUGGCAAUGGAAUGCUACGGCACGUUGGUCCAUUGAUCGAGAGGCCAGGUCGAAUGGGAGACUGGACCUAUGUCAACACCGACUCCCCAGCGGCUUGGGUCUCCUCGAAUACCUGUACUGGUGCGAAGACAUUAAUGCAGAGCCAAUCAUGGGUGUUUGGGCCGGUUAUGCACUCGGUGGAACGAGUGUCCCGGAGAACCAGCUGGGACCCUAUAUCCAGCAAGCCAUUGACCAGAUCAACUUCGCCAUCGGCGAUCCCGACAAGAGUGCGCCAGCCGCCCUUCGACGCUCACUGGGUCGUACCGAACCCUUUGCUAUGAGGUUCGUCGAGAUUGGCAACGAGGACUGGUUCGCUUCCGAGUCGUACAUCUAUCGAUGGAAACAUUUCGCCAAUGCUCUCCAGGCUGAAUUCCCACAACUCAGCUUCAUUGCAACCACCCGUCCAUAUGACCCUGUUCUCACUCCCAGGCCGACCCAUUAUGACGUUCAUGUCUACCAGACGCCUACAUGGUUUGCGCAGAACUCCUUCUACUAUGACAGUUUCCAGCCCCCUUACCGACCUUUUCCUUUUACUCAGAGGAACGGAACGAAGUACUUCGAGGGAGAAUACGCGGCGAUUUCCACCAACCCGAACGAUCUCUUCGGUUCGCCAGCAAACGGACGACUCGUCUAUCCGACCAUGCAAAGCGCUGCUGGGGAAGCGGCGUUUAUGACUGGUUUGGAGAGAAACAGUGAUAUUGUUUUCGCUGCGGCGUAUGCACCUUUGAUUGGACACGCUACGAGGAAUCAAUGGUUCUUCAGCGUCUAUCGAGGAGACGAGUAUCUCCCUAGCACCCUUCCCAGCCGCACUGGAACGCAAUUUUGGAGUGUAGUCAGGAAAAAGUCCACCAGGGAGAUCAUCAUCAAGACUGUGAAUGUCGCACCCUCGGCUGGCCAAUUCACUUUUGUUCUCCCGUUCAACAACGUCGCCAGCACGGGGACGGCUUAUAUUUUGAGUGGAGGGGGAACGUCUAGCAAUACUCCUUCCAACCCGAAUGCCAUUGUCCCGAGGACCGUGACCAUCCCCACUGGAAAGAGGUUUGAUUUCACGGCUCCUGGUGUUAGCGUUUGUAUUUUGAUCUUCGAGGCAUACUGA